AUGGAUGGAUUUGAAAGAUAUCAAGGAAAGUGCCGGGAUGAGAAAUUUGCUUGCACAAGACUCUACUCUGUGCAUCGGCCAGUCAAGCAAUGUGUUCACCAGCUGUGCUUCACCAGUUUACGACGUAUGUACAUUAUCAACAAUGAGAUCUGCUCCCGUCUUGUCUGUAAGGAGCAUGAAGUUAUGAAAGAUGAACUCUGCCGUCAGAUGGCCGGUCUGCCUCCAAGGCGACUCCGUCGUUCCAACUACUUCAGACUUCCUCCCUGUGAAAUGAAUUUGCAGAGACCCAAUGGUCUGUGAUCAAAGAAGAGGAAAGACGAAAGAAAGUGUGGUGGUGAAAGGAAAGGGGAGUAGUUCUUGUCCAGCUAGUGUCAGCGACCCCAGAGACAUCACUAUUUCUGAAACCAAUCCCUUUGCAAUGUCCUGCUUUCGCCCCUUCACCCAGGCUGAUAACAUUUAUCUCAUUUUUCAAUGCUACUUAAAAUACAAAGUCUAUAUACUAUUGCAUGGUUUUGAGGCUUCCCAAUAUCAUAGACAUAGUGGAUAAAUGAUGACCAUGUGGCUUCACACCUGAUCUUAGCCAAAAGCUGAGAAGAAAUGACCAUAUGGCUUAUACGCAAACAUUUCUACACACGAUUUCAGGGGAAAAUAAACUUUCAGUUAAUAAUCUUUACUAUUGAAUCUGUCUGAUGUAGAGCUUAGGGUAAAAAAAAAAGCUAAAUUGUCUAUUUUGGCUAGCAGUAGAAGUCCAUUUAUUUUCCUUUCAAGAGUUUCCUAUAUUAACUCC